AUAUCAACAGCCCUUUACUUUUAUGAUUGUUUGUAUCCCUCAGUGACCAGAGAGGCUCAUGCCCCCGGAGUUCCUAUCAGUAAAGAUGAUACUGCAAAAAUUGUCUGGAUAGUGUUGGGAGUUUCCGUGGCUCUUUCUGCUUUGGUGGUGGGGAUAAUUGUCUACCGUAAGAGAGCAAAGAGGAAUGAACGGUAUUUGAUAAAAUGAUAUUGUCUACAUGAAUGCUAUGUAUUAUGAUAAUGAUAUGCAUGCGGAAAUAGACGAUAUUUUUUCUGUGUAAGUGUCUGUCUCUCUCAGUCAAGUCGCGCUGGUGAGUGACCUUUCUUACAGACCAAGGCGAUGUAACAUUUAUCACCUUGUGUAAACCAGGAAGCCAUCUCUGAUGUAAGCAUUACCACAAGCCCAUGGUUAAUGACGACGAAUUUCAUUAACAUUUAAUUUACACUAUUUUCCUUAGAUCCAGUGAGUCUGACAUUGCUGAGUUUAUGUUGCUGGAAGUCCCACACGAGCGGGUUACUAUCAUGGAGGAACUUGGACGAGGCGCUUUUGGGAGAGUUUAUAAGAGCGUGAUGAGGGGGUUACCUGAAAAGAAUACAUCCUCCAAACCCAAGGAUCACAGUUUGGAUUCGCAUGAGGGACGCAUUGUUGUUACAAAAGUUCUACCAGGUGAGUGA